AGGUGACUCAUUGGAGAUGAAUGGGAUGUGUGCCUGAGAAUGAGAUGCUUGUUUGACUUUUGACAUGAGAACAAACCCUUUUGGAGCAGCUUGGACUUCCAUUUUCGAUCAAGGCUUCAUUGUGAUCUAGAAACUUAAUUGUGUGCAUGUGACACAUUUUGCCAGUGUCAUUUUUGUCAUGGCGUCCCUGGACGAGUUUUAUGAGCGAAUGCAAAGGACCAACGAUACAAAGUCGAAGUUGACUUUGAGUUCAGACAUUGCUUCGUACCUGUCUGUGCCAUCCAGUUCGGUGGAAUGUGAGGAUCUUGGCCUUUUUGUUGAUGAAGUGGCUUCCUGGUUAAACAUCAGCAACUUCAAACUGUGCCAAACUGCACUCGAGAUAUUGAAUCUCUUGGUUUUGAGGUUAAGAGAUGAUUUCCGCCCUUACCUGUCUUCACUCCUCCCUCAAAUAGUCGACAGACUAGGAGACCAAAAGGAUGUGGUUCGAAGUGCAGCCCAGACGCUCCUCAGCAGCCUCAUGGAGCACACCAGUAGCCCUCAGGUGAUGCUGGAGAAGAUGAACAACAGCUUCAGCCACAAGAAUGGAAAAAUCAGAGAAGAGCUCCUUGUUUGUCUCCAGAAUGCACUCAAUCGAUUUGGUUCCUCAGCCUUGUCAUUAUCAAAGUUGGUCCCAGCCAUAAUCAAGCUUCUUGGUGAUCCCGCCGCACCGGUUCGUGAAGCCGCGUUGAUGACGCUCAUUGUGAUGUACCGCCAUGUUGGAGAACGCCUUCGACUAGAUCUCACUCGUAAACACAACGUUCCUCCGGCCAAGAUGCAGUUGCUCAAUGCAAAAUUUGAUGAAGAGAAAGCAAGUGGGAACCUCAUGCCCACAGCCACUCUCUCCCUUCAAGCACAGAAUGCCUCGGCGUCCCUGUUGACCGAGAUGGACGAAGAAGAAGUGUCGGAGACACCCCGGAAUAAUAUCGGUAGAUGCCACUCCGUGUCGAAAGCCCCGGACCCGGAGGAGGUGUGGGGAUCGGACCAGGAAUGGAUCCUCUUGUUCGAUUCCCUGCUGAGGCACGCGGGGAAGAGAAUCCGGGAGUGCGAGUGCCAUCCGAGCCAGGGGUUCGAUCCCCAUCAGCGCCUUCUCUAUGGGAGAGGAGAGGAUGAAUGUGAUAGAGCUUCGGUCCGGAGCUUGGGUAGCAAUGGGGGGAAGCGCGCCAGCAGUGCCCCGCCGGUUCGAAGGACUUCCAUUCCGGGCCCCAAGGGUGCCUCGGCCGGGAUGGAAACCCCCGCGCCCCCCGCAGGACCUAAUGGUGGUUCUGGCAUCUCCAUUCCCACAUCCUCGUCGGGUGCAAGUGCCGGUGCAGUGGAUGAGGAUUCCUUCAUGGCUGCAUUUGAAGAUGUGCCACGUGUCCAGAUUGUCACAUCCCGUGACCUGGACGAGAACCUGAAUCGCAUCAGAGAAAUAAUUGGUGAUACCAACAAUGAUUGGAACAAGCGGCUCGAAGCGAUAGAAGUGACCACUUGGAAACCCUUUUGGAAAUUGUUACAGAUGAAACGCAUGCGUGGAGUGUUACUCUCAGGUGGAGGGAACCCAGAAGACGUGACGGCUCAUGUGCGCCUUCUGAUACCCUCAUUCCAAUUGAGUGUGAAGGACUUGAGGUCCCAGGUGGUUCGUGAGGCAUGCAUCACGAUUGCAUUCCUUGCCCAGCAGCUUGGUUCCCCGAGGCUAGACCAGUUUGCUGAGGCUCUUCUCCCUCACCUCAUCAACCUCAUCCCCAACAGUGCCAAGGUGGGUCAAGGUAUCGUCGCCAUCCGGUUCAUUGUGCAGCACGUGCACUCUGCCCGUCUCAUUCCCAUCAUCACCUCCUCUAUUGGUGAUAGCAAGUCUAAGGAAAUUCGCCGAUCAAUGUGUGAAUUUCUUGCCCAAGUUCUGGCAACAUGGCCAACGCCUCCUUUGGAACGUCACCUGGGAAUCCUUCAAGAGGCUCUGAAAAAGGGCAUUGCUGAUCCUGAUGCUGAAGCCCGAGCAUUUGCUCGAAGGUUUAUGAAAUGGAUUCAUGUAUUCAUUGGUAUUGGUUGCAGGGCAUAUUGGGCCUUUGCUGAUCACUUCCGAGAGCAAGCAAAUAUUCUGUUGAACACGCUGGAUGCAUCAUAUAAGCGUGUACUGAAGGGGGAGCUGACUGGAGGAGCAGGAGGAAGUGCAUCUCGCCCAGCAUCUCGACAGCGAUCCCAUGGGAAUUCCACAUCUGGAUCCAUGGAGAACCUGGCUAAAGCUCCUCAACUCCCCAGGCGAUAUGGUGCACUCCUCCCCUCACCAUACCCCCCUGCAACCUCAGAGACAGAUUCCCCUCGCAUUCCCUAUCCGGCACCCUCCCCAUCUGUACGUAGCAAUAGUACAUUGGAUUUGCAAGCAGCCCAGCGAGCCAAGGCCAGACAACAGUAUUCAGAAUGGUCCCGCAUGAAAGCCACCACCACUGCCUCCUUCCGUGGGACUCCUCCGUGUUACCGCACUGCAGACCGGUCGGGCAGGACACGAACCAGAGGUGCUGGGGUGUCGCACUCACAACCUGGAAGUCGAUCAGGAUCUCCAUCUUCUCGCCUGACGUAUCUGACACCUCUGGCAAUUGGAGGGGAGAGUGCCACUUUGGGUCGACCCCCAAGAUCUACACAGAGAAAGGGUCCAACUACACGAUCAGCGGCCACAAGUCGAGAGACCAGCCCUGGUCCAAGGGUUGGCAGGUCCCGCUCCAUUGGAGGGGAUUCCAUUUCCAAAAUUCCUGUUGGACGUUCCCCCAUGAUGGCACAAAAGAUCUUGCUGCAGAGUCGGGAGGCUGAGAAUGCUCUGGAGAGUGCUUUGCAGCAGCGGUCACCUCGGAGGAGGAACGAGUACAGCAUGAGUGCUUUUGAUGACCAUUCUGAUGACAGUGAAACAUCUAGCAUGUGCUCAGAACGCUCCUUUGACUCAUAUGCUGCACGGAGAGCAUCUGAUAGAGAUGUGGGUGAAAUCAUUGCCUGUUGUGCAUCCACUCACUGGGCAGAUCGAAAGGAGGGUCUUCUUGGUCUCCAGCGUCUCCUACGGUCCAAUCGCAUGCUGACCCAUCAAGAACUCAGACGUGUUACAGAUGCCUUUGCCAAGAUGUUCACUGACCCUCACACCAAAGUGUUCACUCUUUUCUUGGAUACACUACAAGAGCUGAUUCUUGUGCAUAAAGAAGAUUUACAGGACUGGCUCUAUGUCCUUCUGACCCGGCUCUUUAACAAGCUUGGAGCUGACCUCCUCAAUUCCAUCCUCUCCAAGAUCAACAAAAUCCUUGACCUUAUUAGAGACAGUUUCCCAAUGAGCCUCCAGCUGAAUGUGAUAAUGCGAUUCCUGGCUGAUGUGACACAGACUCCCAAUUCCAAGGUGAAAUUGGCCACCCUUCGAUAUGCACACCUUCUCCUUGCGUCCAUGUCUUCACAAGACUUCCGGAGCAGUCCAGACAUGGAAGCAGCUGUGAAGAAGCUUGUAUCUUGGACCCACGACCCAAAAUCUCGCGAUGUGUCCAGUUCAGCACGUCAUGCCCUCUGUUGCAUGUUUGACCUAAAUCCUGCUGACUUUACAUUGCUCAUGUCUAGGCUUCCCAAGCAAGAGGAGAGUGCAAUCAAGUCCAUACUUGAGGACUCACCAAGACCAAGAAGAACAACUAUGGAUAACUCCUAUUCGUCUCCAGGCAGCCCCUUCCUCCGCUUCUCAUCCCCAAUGCACUCUCCAGGAAUGGUUAAACCACUGGCCAGACGUGGUCUUUCAAUGGAUGAUACUGAUACAGAGAACAUGAAUCCAGAAGAGGUCUAUUCUCGUCUUCAGGCCACUUCCACCCAGAUCCAAAAUUCAUUCAAGGUGUCUGACAAUACCUCCCGGGACUCUGGGAUCUCCCAAGUCUCUGAAGACGUUGCUAAGUGUGAUACGGAGAAGAUGGCUGGUGAUGCACUACAAAGUCACAGUAGUCAGAGGCAUUUUGGGUCCAUGCUGUCGGACCAAUCAAAUGUCCCUGAUGGAUCUGCUGUUGCAUCUGGGGAAUAUUUAAAAGGUGGAAUGACUCGGAUCUUGAGCGAACUGAAUGACAAGAAUCAGCGGCUGACAGGUCUGAAGAAACUGCGGAAGUUGUUGGAAGAACCUGGAACUACCAGUGGGAGUGGGGAGGUGGAUGGAGAAACAUCAUUCCUUGUUUCAUCCUUCAAGGGACUACUUCGGCUUCUGCUUGAAUGCCUCCAGGACCAAGAUAUGAGUGUGAGAGUGGAGACAUAUGCUGUGUUCUUGAGCUUGUUACAACGCCAGGCCCUCAUUCACCUGUUCAUGUCAUACACUGAACUUCUCAUUCUGAAAAUGCUUGAGGGUCACAAAGAUCCCAGCAAAGAGGUGAGCCACUUGGCAGAGGUAUGUGCAGGGACAAUUGCAGGACUGUUUCAGGCCGACACUGUGGUCAGGGUGUUGAACCCGCUCAUCCAAACUGGAGAAUAUCCUGUCAAUAAUGGGGCUCUCAAGAUGCUGACCCGUGUGGCAGAGCAGCAUGACAAGGAAGCUAUCUUCCCUUUCCUUCCAGACGUUAUGCCUGGCCUUAUUCAGGCAUAUGACAAUGAAGAGAGCAGUGUGAGGAAGUCAGCAGUGUUCUGCUUGGUGGCACUGCAUUACAGUGUGGGUCAGGAUGUGCUUCAGCCUUACCUGGCAGCAUUGAACGUUUCCAAACGCAAACUACUUAAUCUUUACAUUCGGCGGAAACAAAUCCUCAACUCCAAACAGAACAGUGAAAGUUCCAGCCCAAGAGCAAGCCCUGCUAAUAGCCAAUGAGACUUGAAGCAAUGCAAGACAAGGAAAAGGACUGAUAACUAUUAAUCAUGUCUUAUGAUUCUGUUCCAUUGACUUUUUUCCUUCAGUUUUCGUUAACUCCCUCAGUGACAGCCUCUUAAGACUGCAGGAGAAAGAGGGGUGAAAAUUAUAUGAAAGGCUGGCUUGACACUCAAAUGGAAAAUAGCAAGUGCUUUUGAUGGCUGCUUUCUGCAUCAACUUAUAUAUUUUGUUUCAUCUUUCUUCACGUGCCAUAAUAUUUUGUUGACAAUUUUCUUUCCAUUAAGGCGAGGGAUUCAGUAUUUUUUUUUUAUUGCCAGGGGAAAAGAACACUGAUACUGGUGGAAUGGAGAAACUAGUCAACUCCAAACUAAUCCUAAUGUGAUUUCAAGGAGAUGGAUUUGGAACGUUCUCCUUUUGAGCGAUUUUGUUUUGUCAAGUCAGGGACUGCUGCAGUUUUACAUUUCUCCCAUCCCAUCAUUGGCAAAUGGUUUUUUUUACUGACACAUCAACUAAUGAAGUUGUGUCUGAAGGACUUGCUUGUUCAACGCUUUGGCUCUGCUUCAACAUUCAAUCCAUGUCCCCAGGCUGGGAACAGAGUGUUGCAUUGUUCCAUCCAUCCUAAUCUUUUUGAUGCCAUGCUGUUACUGUUCUCCUCAGUGAAUCAUCAGCUUUCAAGUGUACUUAUUUUCAACUGCACACACCUAUUUCUCAAAGUCCCAUGUGUAAACAAGUUUGUAGAGGCAAAUAAAAGAAAUAGCUCCUUUAUUUAC